UGGUAACUAAAAGUUUAUUUUCUAUUUUUUAGGUGCAUUUUCUUUGGUGAUAUUUCUUCAAAAAGGGAUCCCAAAGCUUAUUUGAAUUUUAUAUUCUCCCUUUACGAUUACUUUCGUAUGAAAUAUUAUACAUCGGAUGAGAUGGGAAGUCCCGAAAAAACUCAGUUGCCUCUUGUUAUUAAUACCCCUGGAUGGGUGAAAGGUAUUGGCUAUGAAAUUUUGGUGGAGAUGUUGAAAUAUAUUGCUCCUAGCCAUGUGGUCCAGAUACGAAUCUCUGCUGAAAGUAAGAAUUUACCAACUGGGGCAUUCUGGUUAGAUGCUGAUAGUGAGGAGAUGGUUAAUUUGAUUGAGAUCAGUUCAGCGCGGCAAGACUCUUUUAAUAGAUCGGUGUUGGUACAGAAGGAUGCACGUCUUAUGCGGGAUAUGCGAAUCAUUGCUUAUUUCAGACAAUGCUUUCCUAGUGAUGCGCAUAUCACCACAUUCAAGGAACUUUCUCGUGCCUUGGCUUCUCAUCCUCCGUAUGAAGUCCCUAUUUCAAGUAUCAAAGUUAGACAUCUCCAUUGCCAGGUCCCAAGCAGUGAAAUCUUCCGGAGUCUGAAUGCUACCAUUGUUGGUCUGGCUGUUAGUUCGGAAAAGUCUUUAGAAUCUGAGCCUUGCAUACCUCAGUGUGUUGGUCUUGGGAUUGUUAGAGGCAUUGAUAUCUUGAAAGAUCUAUUCUAUGUGAUUACACCUGUUCCGAGGUGCAAUCUGAAAAAGGUCGAUCUUUUUCUACAGGGUUUUAUUCAAAUUCCGACUUGUCUUCUGCAGGUACAAGGAUGUGCGUCACCUUAUAUGUCAGCAAAUGUGCUGCCGACAAAUUAGAUCUCCUGAAUAGCUGUACUGGUGCCAAGUGUACAGGCAUAUCUCUGAUCUCUUUAUGGGUGGUGUUGACUGAAAUCUUCAAGUAAUUGGAAAGUAUCAUUCAUAAUUGUAGGAUGUUUUUCAUUUUAUUUAUUAUUUAGGGGACUAUAUAUACACUUAUUUUUUAUACAAGUGCUCUAUCAAAAGAAUCUCAAAACUGCCACGGAGAACCGCCAUUUUUGGAUGGGUGUUUUGCUUAACUCAGAGAAGAUGCUUCUAUAAUGUCA